AUGGAUGAAAAUGGCACUUUAAGACUUCUUUCUUAUUAUCUCAAUUUUUUUCCCAAGAGGCGCUUGCCCCGGCCUCACAGCCCCAUUGAACAGAAGGUAGAAUUGAAAGAAAAGGAAAGAAAGGUAACAAAAGUGAGGGCAGCAGACUGUCUAAAAUUAAAGGUAGAGAAAUCUGUGAGCCCAGGUCAGCUAAUUGUUGUCAAAGUAAUCAAAACAGAAGAGUGUGAUAUCAAUGAAAAUCAACUGAAAGUUAAAUGGACACAGCCCUCAGGAAGAAUCAGCAUCACCAAUGUUGAAGAAGAUGAAAAUGGAGAAUAUUUCACAAUGGAAAAGUGCUCACGUCCAGGUUUUUGCAGAUUAGAUGUGAGUGCUUAUGGUGAAACACUCAGACAAUCGCCAAUGAAUGUUGAAAUAGUGAAGGAAGGAUUAGUAAAAUCCUUUCCUGUAAUCGAUACUCGUGUUACAGAUAUAGUCGUGCAUGAUGAUUGUUUGCUAGUUUCAUGUGAGAGAAAUAAAAUUCUCAAAUUCAAGCAAUCAGGAGAAGUUAAUCAUAUUAUUACUAUGGCUCCAUUGCCACAAGGUGCUAAAGUUAACGGAAUGUACAAAAUGAAGAAUGGUAACAUAGCAUUUAGUGAUAAGGGUAAUAAGUGCAUUAAAGUAUGUAAAAUAAAUGGUCAAAUUGAAACAAUCGGUCAGGGACUACUAAAGGAUCCAAGGGGGAUAUAUGUGAAUGAGACAUCAAAUGUUGUUUAUGUAGCAGAUUCUGUUCAUCAUUGGUAUGGUACUAGUGGCUGUGUGUACAUGUUUAGUAUGUGCAAUACAAAUGGACAAGCAAUUAAACCAAUUGGUCAGGGAAUAUUGAAGGAUCCAGUGGGGAUACAAGUGAAUGAGACAUCAAAUGUUGUGUAUGUAGCAGAUUCUGGUAGCUUUGUGUACAUGUUUGACAUUGGCAAUGGUAAAAUCCAUCAAAUUAAUCCAAAUAGUAGAGUUUGUGAUAUUGCCCUCACGGAUAAAGGAAAUCUCUUUGUAUUUGGGCAUACUGAAAUCAAACUAUUUAAUAAUGAAGGAAAGCUAAUCAAAGAAAUUAAACUUGAAACAGAGUAUAUGCAGUCCCCAUUAGCAGUCGUGGAUGAGGAUGACAACAUCGUUGUCGCAGGGUUCCAAGGUUAUCCCAACUGUCUAAAAAUAUUCAGCAGUAAUGGAAAUCUUCUUAAAACAAUUACUUUUGAAGAUAAUUACUUUUUUGCAGCUAUUCCAAAAGCAUUAUGCAUCAUUUCAUAUCAUCCACGGAAAAUAGCAGUAGGCUUACAAUAUAAUAUUACAAAAAUGGGUUCGUCUAUAAAAAUAAUCCAUUAUUAAUAUCUGCCUUAAUAUAAGGAAUAACCUAAAAAAAAUAAUUUGACUAGUUAAUUUAAAAGAACUAUUAGGCUAUGAACUUUUAACCAGAAACAGAAAAAAAGUUCACUGAUUUAUGAUCACUUUACUAUGGAAAUCCUUAUAUUGAUUACCAGGCAAUUAAAUGCUGUUAUUCAAAUGAUUAGGCUACAGGAAAGGUAUUAUUUGAAUGAGUUUGAAUAAAGUACAGUAGAAUGCUGCCAGGUUAUGUAACUCAUGUAAAUGAUGCUAAUGAUCAUCAUUAAUAUCUUGUUCUAAUUUCGAGCUGUUUAAAUGCAUUUAAGGGCUGGGUAUCCCUACUUUUUGUUUAAUAUUGGAAGUCCUAACACUAAAAAUCAUAUAAUUGCUAAAAUUCAUUUGAUAAUGUUACAUUUACUUUAUCUCUUUGCCAUGCAAGUUUGCAUAAGUAUAAGAUUUGGUGAUGAUUUAUGAUAUGAAAAAGAUUCUAAUCUAUUUUUAAAGAAUGUUCCAAAAGAGAAAGUUGAUAUUUGUACAUUACGUUAACUUCUGCUUAAAAAAUAUUUACCUAUGAAAAUUUUCAGCAUGACUAGCAUUCAAAUUCAAUAAUACUUUUUAUUAUAACGAAGGAAAUUCAUUUGGCCUAGGUAUAAUUUAAAAAAUAAUGUACAAUGAAUGAAAUAUAUAUAAAAUACUAAAAUAGUCCAAGAAUGUAAAAAUAUUUGUUUUAAAUGAGGGAUUUAACGAUUGAAAAAAAAAACACUAAAAAUUUAAUGAGUUUUGAAGUGCACAUUAGUGAAAUAAUAAAUACAGCACUAAAUGACACAAUCAAUAUUUAUAUAUUUAUGAAUAUUAGUGUACAAAAACUUUUUAAAGUGGGAACAUGUUUUUGAAAAACAUACUGAAAAAAUUGUAAGUAAUUCUUGUAAUUUUUCUGUAUUUAUGAGCAAUGCACAGGUAUCUGCUAAGGCUGUUAUAUAAUUGAUGUAUUUUUAUUGUGAUUUAACUUUAUUUACAUAAAAUAAAAUUUAAAAAAAAUAUAAUAAUAAUAAACAAAACAAAAUAAUUAUAGAGUUAAUAAUUGAUGAAUUAUAUUGUUUCAAAUACCUAAUUAUAUAGUUAAAUGUAAAUAAUUUGUAUUGUUCAACAUAAAAGUAUUGUUCAACAUAAAUAACGGUAGUUAAAAGUAAACAGUUCUGAAAGAAAAAAGAAAAUAUUAUAGCAUCCUCUAUCCGCAUGUAUGCCACUGCAUUAUGCCCUUAUUUUUCAAUCAUAUCUAAUUUUGA